CAGCCUUCAGUUAACGAGGAAACGUUCUCCUAUCUCUACUACUUGUGCAAAUCCUCAAGCAACUUUUGGUCAACGCACGCUAGUCAUUCUCUAACCACGUGCAAAUCCUUGCUGAACUCUUGGUCUACAAACACGUUCUUCUACCGCUAGUACUUGUGCAAAUCCUGAGGCAUCCUAUAACAUACGGACAGCCGUUCUUCUGUCGCUACUGACUGUGCAAAUCUUCUACUGGUGUUGACAAAAUGGGUCCCGCACAGAAGAGCUAUGACGUGAAGAUCUCUUCUCCCUUCUCGAAGUACGACCGGCGAGAGGACAGAUUCCUUCCUCUCACUCGAAAGGGGAGGUUCUUCGAAGACUCGUCCUUCUCGACGUCUCACCAGCACUUCGAUGACGCCAUCAAGAAGAUACUGGAUAAGUGGAAUGAUACGGACUUCGAGCUCUCAGACCACUGGGACGACGUCGGUGUCCGUCGCAACAGUUUUCUUAACAGAUACAGGCGACUGCGGUCUCAGGACUUGAGUGAAGAGAACCAGGCUGUGAAUGUCACUUCGGAUAACAAUAGCGUUAAGAUCGUGUUGGAUGUCCACGAUUUCAUGGAAGGGGACAUCAAAGUGCAGGUUUUAGAUGAGGAAGAGCUGCUGAUAGAAGGCCAGACGUCUUGUCACAGUUUCCGACGCACCUUCACCCUGCCGGACCAAGCGAAUCUGGAUGCCAUAACGUCUUUCAUUUCCUUGGAUGGCAUCAUGACAGUCACGGUACCAAGACUGGGAAGCGACCAUCAGCAAAGACCUGCCACUAUUCCUGUCACGGUUGAGAAGACGAAAGAAGCUUCAGAAAUGCAAAAACAGUCGUACUCCGCAUCUUCAGCCAAUACAGCCGAAGAAAAGGUCUCGGCUAAAAGUGACUGUGUUCGAAACGCUCAGAAUAUAACCUCGGAGGAGACCAGGACUCAAAAGGAAGAGGAAUACGAAAUUCCAAUCACGAGGUCAGAGGAGUCAGAAGAAGCAAGCAUCAAGAAGGGCGUUCGAAGCAGCCAGAAUAUCCUGUCCGAGGAGACGAAGACACAAAGACAAGAGGAGUUCCAGAUUCCGAUCGUGAUGUCUGAACAGGAAGCGGAUUCCACGAAGGCGCAGUCAGCAGAGUCAGACAGCUGUCAGUUUUCAGAGUCUAGGAAGACAAGAGCGACUGAGAACAAAGAAGUCAUAAUUCCAAUAAUAGUAGAAGACGGAGAAUCCACAAGCCAAACAAGCAAACAAACCGUAGAAGCAAAGACGGAGAAUCAAGAAACCUCCUCCACACUCAACCUAAAAACUGAGGACCAAAGUAAUUGUUCAACUUCCGGCCGCCGAUCAGCGAGGCUUUCGUCACCGAAUACGUCAGGCGCGGAGACCACUUCCGCCGCGGCAGAAAACAGUAAAGAGGAGGCAUACGUCAUCCCGGUGCAGGUGGAAGCGGCGAGCGAGACCGCGGCGGCGCAGAGCCAGAGGAGCGACAGAGGACACUCAGCGAGCCGCAGCGUGGCCUUCGAGCAGCAGCAGCACGACCUCCAGCGCCGCCCAGCUCACGAGGACAGCGACGAAGGCUCAGACGACAGCUUUCGACGCAGGGCGGGGAAGAAGCGGACGACCUUUGCCGAUGAGGACGAGUACGUGUACGAAAAGCCCGUCUAUCCUUCGGGCAGUCGGUACCUGCCAAUCACCAGGAUGGGUUUGUUCACGCAGGACCACUACUUCGAGGACGUCCGCCCGAAUUUCAGCCAGGCGGUUCGAGACGUGCUGGAAAUGUCGCGCGAAUGGACCACAAAGGAUAAGGCCAUGGAAAACUACAGGAAUCUCCGCGAUCGGAACCUCAAGUUGGAGAACCAGGCCUUCUGCGUCACCGAUGAUGAGUUUACACACAAGGUCGUGAUAGACGUGUAUGACUUCACCGGCGGGGACAUAACGGUGCAGCUCGUGGACGGCAAGGAGCUGGUGGUGGAGGGACAAGCGGAGAAGCAAGAGGCAACCCGAGUGUCUCGUCUGAGCUUCAUCCGUCGCUUCCAGCUGCCUGACCUCGCCGACCGGGACGCCAUCACCGUCGCCCUGUCCUCCGACGGCGUCCUCACCAUCUACUCCCCGAAGAGAAGGAGUCCUCGGUGCCUGAGCGUGAGGUCGAAGCGAUCCCCCAGCGCGAGGCGGUCUCAGGAGCGAGCGAGCGACCCGGACCGCAGCUGGAGGGAGAAAUACGCCCAUGAGCCCUCGGAGGAUUUUGAGGAUUUCGACGCCCAUACUAGAAAAUCUGCGCUACAUUCCUUCAUGAAUCAAUUCUAAAGUCCUCAUCCCAUACCUGUUGUUAUAUGUAUACGAAUAUGUUAUAUUUUUAUGGUAUUCUGGAAGAUAAUCGGCACUGUGAUAUGACUUCUACGUUUGUUUUGUAUGGGAAUAACCAAGGCCCUUUAUGGAGCUCUCACAUUACCAACGGCGUGACAUUUUCAGAUGCCGAGGUUGAAAAAGAGCCAGUAAAGGAUCUCGUAUAAAAGGAUAUAUAUAUAUAUACAAAUCAAAUGUUUGCCAUUAACAUUCCUCGAAUAAAGCUUUUUGUGUAA